AUGCUUCAAUAUAAUCAUCGUGCAUAUUGCGGUUUUGCUCAACCCCUCCCUUUUGUUUUCCCUAUUCAUGCACGCAAGGUUAUUCGUUGCUUACAACAUCAUCGCAAUCAGCUGUCCGACAAAUGCCAUGCCAAACUUUUCGAAAGAGAUGAACUGGCCGCGGUUGAAAAUCGAGCAGACUACUCCUUGAUGGAGGUAUGCAGUCAGAUGAUCCGUGUCCAUUGCUCUUCUGUCAUGGCUCAUCUAAAUGAAAUGGGUGAAACAGAUUUCUCAAGCACUUCCACUGCACAUCAUCAGGUUUUCGAAUGUUUAACCGAUGCAAUGAAUCAACCGAGCACAGCACCAACAUUCGAUCCAUUCUGUCGACGACAUUUGUGGGACACCAUGGUACUACGUUCGCAAGACUAUCGUCUAGACCCAGAACUACAAGUGUCUUGCUAGAAACUCACAACUUUCCGUUUUGAGAUCUGUCGUGUGUCUGUGGUAACUGAUCUACCAGCCAUUGCCUCAAAUGCUACGUAG